ACCAGACCCAUCAUGGCCCCCCACCCCUUCCUCGCCCCGCUCUUCUCCCUCCUUUACCUCGUCUCAGCAGCUUCCUCGGAGGGCCGCUAUCAGCAGGGGGAUCCGGUGAUGCUGUACGUCAACAAGGUGGGACCGUACCACAAUCCGCAGGAGACCUACCAUUACUACCAGCUCCCGGUCUGCUCGCCGGUGAAUAUCCGCCACAAAAGCCUCACCCUGGGGGAGGUCCUGGAUGGAGAUCGCAUGGCCGAGUCCAUGUACGAGAUCCGGUUCCGUGAGAAUGUCGACAAGAAGGUGCUCUGUGAUAUGAAACUCUCGCCUCAGCAGGUAGAGCGCCUCCGGCAGGCCAUCGAGGAGCUGUACUACUUUGAAUUUGUGGUGGACGACCUGCCCCUCCGCGGCUUCGUGGGCUACAUGGAGGAGAGCGGGUUUCUGCCCCACAGCCACAAGAUCGGGCUCUGGACCCACCUGGACUUCCACCUGGAGUGGAACGGGGACCGCGUCAUCUACGCCAACGUCAGCGUGCGCGACGUCAAGCCCGCCAGCCUGGACGACGUCCGGGGCCCCGACCCGCUCUCCAUCACCCACACCUACAGCGUCCGCUGGUCCGAGACCGCCUCGGAGCGGCGG